UGUGUGUGUGUGUAUACAGGUAUGCUGACCAUCACUGACUUCAUCAACAUUCUGCAUCGGUAUUACAAGUCUCCUCUGGUUCAGAUCUACGAGCUGGAGGAACACAAGAUAGAAACAUGGAGGGAAAUCUACUUGCAAUACUCCGUCAACAGGCUGAUCAGCAUCGCUCCUGACUCCAGUCUGUUUGAUGCCAUCUACUCCUUGUUGAAGAAUAAGAUUCACCGGCUGCCCGUCAUCGACCCGGCAUCAGGAAACGUCCUCCACAUCCUCACACACAAACGCAUCCUCAAGUUUCUCCACAUCUUUGGAUCAAUGAUUCCUAAACCUCGCUUCCUUCAAAGACGCAUCAACGAAGUGGCGAUCGGUACUUUCAGAGAGAUUGCGACGGUCCAGGAAUCAGCAUCUGUCUACGACGCUCUGACCAUGUUUGUGGAGAGGAGAGUCUCUGCUCUUCCCGUAGUCGACGACAAAGGUAAGGUCGUGGCGUUGUACUCCAGGUUUGAUGUUAUUAACCUGGCAGCUCAGAAAAACUACAACAACCUGAACAUGACGAUGCGAGAGGCCGUCUCCUCCAGAGCCUGCUGUAUGGAGGGAGUCCUCAAAUGUUACCCCCAUGAGACGCUGGAGACCGUCAUUGACCGCAUCGCCAAGGCUGAGGUGCAUCGUUUGGUGUUGGUGGACAGGGACGAUGUGGUGAGAGGGAUCGUCUCUCUGUCCGACCUUCUACAAGCUCUGGUUCUCACUCCUGCAGAUAUUUAUAAGAGAUCAUCGUGUGAGGAUGAAGAAAACAAGAUGGAGGUCGACCUCAUAAAGGAAGACGUUUAAAGUGAAAUAUGUGGAAGUAUCUUCAGUCCUGAAGAGAGACAGAAAAAAAACCUUCCACCCAAAACAGUGACCACCAAUUUCCCUUUCUGUGUGUGCCGCGGUCCGUCAGCGCUAACCUACUGUGGCUGACGGAGCUAAACCACGGCGCUGACGGAACACAGCAUGCACAGACUGUGGAAAUUGGCAGAAAUAAUAAACUCAUUAAGAGGGAUUAUUUUAUGAAGUCUUCACUGGAAGUUUUGGGAAGAAGAGCGUGGUUGAGCUGGAAGCUGGACGAUGAGAGAGAACACAUCAGAGUGAUGAAGUUCAGAGACUUUUAAACUGUCGUCUGCUAUAAAUGGAAAUGAAUUUGUUCAAACAGAGAAAAAAGCAACAAGUCAUGCGUACUGACAGAUAGUUUUUUUUUUACUUUUUGGUCAUAUAAAACGUAUAGAAUAGACGUUUAUAACUUGACAUUACUGCGUUGUUGAAGUGGGGAUCACAUUUUUGUAAAUGCACUUGAAGAAAUGUAUAAAUAAAAGUUUUGUUUUGAAGA